UCUGAUCGUGAAAACCGGAGUUCACUGUUUUAUUAGGUAUUAACGAUAAAUUAUUCGUUAAAAAGCCAGAUAUCUUCGGAAUUUUAGCAGCUAUAAUUACAGUGUAUAUUUACAACCAGUUUUGAAAUAUUUCUGGUGCUUCUACCGAUUAUAAUACUUACUUUUGGACACAAGGCGGUCUUUCCUUAAAUAUGGAGCUGCUUGUCUUUGGAGAACUGCUGGAACGUCUGAAAAGUACAGACAACGCAGUUCGCAAAGAUGCGGAGGGAAUAUACGGCCAACUGGAGCCGAAAGUGAGAGCGGUGAAUUUGCUGCAGAUCAUUAGCGGAGCACGGCCCUCUGAACCGAAAGAACUCGAGAUUGCUCUUUUUGCAUCUGUACUGUUGAGACGACUGAUUACCAGCGAUUUCAAAGCCUUUUACAAUCAGUUCAGCCCGGAAGACCAGAAAACGUUCCGCAACCAAUUAGUUCACCUGCUCACUGCUGACAUCAGUAGGGAGCCGACGGUGAAGCGGAAAAUCUGCGAUGCCAUCUCAGAAGUUACACGAAGCAUUUAUUCCCAAGAAGAGGGUGAUGCUACGUGGAAAGAGCUGGUGGAAUUCACGUUCAACGCGCUAAGCGGACAAGAAAAGCAUCUCAAACAAUGCGCCUUGAUGAUCCUCGGCGACUAUCCGGGUCUGUUUGGUGAGGAAGGCCGGAAGCGCUUAACCCAAAUCAAAGCCACCAUUAUGCGCGCUACGAUGGAGGAAACAUACGAAAUUCAGCAACUGGCUGUGAUUACUCUGAUACAGUUUAUUAUCGAGAAUGCGAACGAUGAGGACGACAAGCGCGUGAUAAAGGUAUUCCAAGAUUGCAUGCAGCAUAUUUACCGAGUGACAACAGAAUCCGUCAAACAAGGAGACCCAGAGAUUCUGAAAAAUCUUAUUGAGCUGGUAGAAGAGUUUCCAAAACUUCUCCGGCCGGAUGUCCCGGCAGUGUUCGAUUUUGCGACAGCGACCGUCACAAAUGCCGAUAUACAAGACGAUAUUCGGCAGCUGGCGAUGGAAUUGCUUGUUACCCUGUGUGAAUCAGCUCCGCAGAUUGUGCGCAAACAUGCUGUGGCUAAAAUUCCCCAGUUCGUUCAUGCCAUGCUGUUGUUGAUGACUGAACUGGAGGAUGACCCGGAAUGGUUAACAGCGGAUGAAAACAAGACUGAGGAAGAAGAUUCUAAUUCUUACGUGGCAGAGAGUUCCAUUGAUCGUGUGGCAUGCGCAUUAGGAGGCAAAGCUAUGCUUCGUCCGCUCUUAAAUGCUUGUCACGAAUUAUUAUUAAAGAACGAAAAACCAGAAGACUGGAAGUUUCGCCAUGCGGCGUUAAUGGCAAUUUCGGCGACCGGAGAGGGUUUAACAAAGUCAAUGGAGAAGCAUUUGGAUGAAAUUGUGAAUGUUCUUCAAAAGAGUAUCGUUGAUCCGAGCCCGCGAGUUCGUUAUGCCGCGUGUAAUUGCUUUGGACAAUUGUCCACUGAUUUUGCGCCAACCUUCCAAAAGAAGUUUAAGCAGGUUGUGAUCGAUAGUCUACUACACGCUGUUACCCGCGAUACCGAACCGCGUGUGCAGUCUCAUGCCAUUGCGGCUAUGAUCAAUUUUACCGAAGAAUGCGACUUGAAAAUUCUGUCAAAGUUUCUCGAUCCGAUUCUCAAUGUUUUGUAUACCACGAUGGAAAGCAAAUUUAAAGAGUUUCAAGUAUCUGGACGGAAGUUGGUGCUGGAAAAUGUAAUUACGGAAAUUGCGUCUUUGGCAGAUAAAAUUGAGGAUAAAUUUGCACCUUACUAUGAAAGGUUCAUGCCGUAUCUGAAAUUCAUCGCUCAAAAUAUUCACCAAAAGGAAUUCCGCUUGCUACGAGGAAAAGCUAUCGAAUGCAUUUCUCUAAUUGGCAUGUGUGUACCACGGGAAAAGUUCUUUCAAGAUGCCAACGAAGUUAUGCAGAUGUUGCUGAAGACUCAGACCGGUGAAGAGGAAGUGGCGGCUGACGACGUUUCGUAUUCCUAUUAUAUCAACGCUUGGGGACGAAUUUGUCGCAUUCUGGGCCGCGAAUUCGCCGUUUAUCUGCCGAUGGUAAUGGGUCCAGUUAUGAAAGCUGCGGAACAGAAAGCGGAGAUCUCGGUAGUGGAUGAAGAUGACGUAGAGGCGCACCAGGAGGAUGGUGAUUGGACAUUUAUGAACAUCACCGGCGAUAAGCAAAAUGUUGGUAUUAAAACGGCUGGAUUGGAUGAAAAAGCCGAUGCUCUGGAUAUUUUGCGAGUUUACGCUCAGGAGCUCAAAGAAGAAUUUGCUGGAUAUGUGGAACCAGUUGUUAAACUGAUGGUAGACUCCUUGAAUUUUUUCGUGCACGAAGGUUGUCGGCAGAAUGCUGCCGCUGCCAUUCCACGAAUGCUGGACGUGGCCAAAGUUGCUCGCAACCCUGACCCACGUUACAUGUUCAACAUGUGGCGAUUUGUCUACCCUAAACUGAUACAGUCUAUCAAUGAUGAGCCUGACCCAGAAACACUGGGAGACAAAUUGGGCUGCUUAGCCGAUUCCGUGGCAGUCGUGGGCCCGGAAGCGCUUACAGAGCAAGAAAUGGAUGACGUUUUCAAGGCAUUAGAAACCAACCUGGAAGAUUAUUUCACCCGAGCUGAAGAACGGCUCAAAGCCAGAACUGACGAAGACUAUGACGAAGAAAUGCAGGAGAAUUUGGACGGUGAUGCUAAGAGUGAUUAUUACCUGAUAUCCCGCAUCAGUGAUGUGGUCCAUCACCUGUUCAAAGUCUACGGAGCAGCAUUAUGUCCUAGAUUUGAAAAAUUCUUGAACGUUUUAAUGAAACUCGCGGCCCCGAGUCGUCCUUUCCAAGAACUCCAGUGGGCCAUUUGCACUUUUGAUUCUCUUCUACAGUUUGCUGGAGAGAAAGCAGCACUUUAUAAAGAUCUGUUUAUACCAAUUUUUAAAACGGGUCUGCGACAUCCGGAAGGACCUGUGCGCCAGGCUGCCGCAUUUGGCUGGGGAUUGAUGGCGCAGUACACGGGUGAUGCACUGGUUAGUCACUGUAUCGAGAUCGUGCCGGUGCUUUUGGAAACCAUUAACCAUCCGGAUGCGCGAAAUGAGGACAACGAAGGCCCCACGGAAAACUGUAUCUCAGCCAUUGUGCGCUUCCUGAAAUACCGACCCAUUAUCCUCGAAAGCCACGGCAGUUUGGAUCACGUGCGCAUGCACUUGUUGCAGUGGCUGCCGGUGUACAUUGAUCCGGAUGAAACACCCGUGAUCUACGACUACUUUGCAGAGUUAAUCGAGCAGAAUAACCCUGUCCUGUUGGGACAGAAUUUCACCAAUCUGCCGAGAAUCGUGCAGAUCAUUGCUGAAGCGUUGGAGAAAGAUGCACUGGAAGAUGACGAGGAAGGCGGGCCAGCAAACGCUGUAUACAAUCGUCUUUUGGAUAUUGUGCGCCAUGUGCAGCAUGAUGCGAACGUUUUCCAAUCAAUUGUGAGCGGUUUGACCCACGAACAGCAGGAAGCUCUUUCCAAAGCGCUGCACCAACCAUUACGAAAAGUUGGACCAGUUUAACUAAGCAUUCGAUUAGAGCUUCGGCAUUGGAAACAUGUGGACUGUCAAUCGCUGUGGAUUUUUGUUAGUUGCCUCUAAUCACUUACGGCUGAUAAUAUGAUUGUUGAAUGAAGACGUACCGCUUGUGUUUAUCAAUAACCCUGCUGGUGUUUUUAACUGCUUCGUUUUUUAAUUUGCUCUUACGCUAUACCAUCUGUGGUAUCGUACGCCAUAUGACUAAUUUAUGAAACUGAAAUGAAAGAUAAAUUCCGAACAUUGAACUUGAAUUUUCUCACGC